CCACGGACAUCUUGGCGAGGCGACCACGACAGCGAGCGCAGCUGUGACUGCCACGUCUGCUAGAUUAUUUACUACUCACUAGCUAGGCAACACUAACAUGAUGCUGGGAGGGUCGAACGGUACGCCUUGGUUCAGGGCAUCGAGGCUGGAAAUGCUUGUACAAAAUGCCUGCGAUCCGACACUCCAUGAGCCCAACUAUGCCGUUCACCUUGAGAUCGCUGAAUUGAUCAACACCAAGAAAGCUAAUACCCCUCGCGAUGCAUCGAUGCUCAUAGCACGUCUAACAAACCACCGAAACCCACAUAUCGCCAUACUCGCACUCGCGCUUCUUGACACCCUCGUCCAAUCGUGCGGCUACCCAUUUCACCUCCAGAUCUCAACCAAAGAAUUCCUGAACGAGCUCGUUCGUCGAUUCCCUGAACGUCCACCUCCAUUCCCUGGCCCAGUCAUGUCACGGAUUCUAGAGCUCAUUCACCAAUGGAAGGAAGGUAUCUGCUCUGAGUCGCGCUGGAAGGAAGAUUUGGGCAAUAUUAAGGAUAUGCACCGGCUUCUUACAUUCAAAGGGUACCGCUUUAGGGAGAUUACCCGCCACGCCGAGGCACCCCCGACGAUGAACAUUAAAUCCGCUGAUGAGCUUGAGUCGGAAGAUCGAGAAGCACAAUCUGCUAAACUCCAGGAACUUAUCCGGAGAGGUACCCCACGAGACCUGGCAGUCGCGCAAGAACUUAUGAAGUCCCUUGCUGGCGCGAACCCCGAAGCAAAGCCAGACUAUCGUUCUCAAGCCAUGACGGAACUCAAUAAGCUCGAGAGUAAAGUCAUUCUACUCAACGAAAUGCUCGAUAACGUCGAUACUGCUCAUGGAGAAAAGUUCGCAUCGGGAGACGCAUAUGACCAAGUCGCGUCGAUAUUGAAGUCUGCCCGUCCCAAGCUCCAGAAAUGGGUUUCGAACGCAGAAACAGACGAUCCAGAGUCGUUGGACGCCUUCCUCCAAAUAAACGAUCGAAUCAACAACGUCCUCACACGCUUCGAGGCCUACAAGAAAGGCGACUAUAGCAUAUCCGCCGUACCCGCUGAGCUCGCACAAACCGAAGGAUCCCUCAUUAAUUUCGAUGACAUGUCGCAUUCAUCAUCAUACGUCGCACCAGUAGAUGAUCUAGCUACAUUAUUUACCUCACCGCCACAACCCCAAUCUUACGCCCGACCAUCAAGUGCUAGCGCAAUGUUCGCCUCACAACCCAACGCCCCCUUAACGAACAAUACUUCUUCCUCCACUUCAUCACCCGUCCCAAACGCCCCCUCGCCACAGCCCCAGUUCGGGUCCAUCAUGCUCGCGCCUACCCCACCACGGGUAACAUCACCCAGUUAUCUCGGGGGCAACAACGGAGGUGCGAGUAUCCCUCUGAAUUCAAGCUUGUCGUUGGGAAUGGGUUCUCCUGGAUCGGGUGUGAGUAGGCCACCAGCGACGGGCAUGAGUGCGGUGCAGAGUGGAGGUUUGGGCAUUCAUAUGAGCACACCCGGAUCAAGGGUGAGUAUGGGUGCGAUGAUGGGACAGACACAGCCCACCUCGACGCCACCGACGCAGCAAGGGAAGGACCCGUUUGCAGAUCUAGCAGGGUUGUUUUAGUACUUGUCGUGUUGUACCUGUGCUUCACUUGGGUGGGGGUGAUCUUGUUGGAAUACGGAUUUUGUGCGGUUUUGGAUCUUGUUUUUGGAGGCAAAUAAUUUGAAUUACAGCAGUACUGUGCGAAACUAAUAAUGACCGUCGAGCAUGUUGGGAAUUAAGGU